UAAGUUAAAGAAAGGUCUUAAGGAAGGUGCGGUAUUUGGGAGGACUGCCUGCAAGCAAAUGGAAUGGCUUUCAACAUGUUCAAGUCAGCAGUGGAAAACAACUUCCCAAAAUUGAUCCUUUUACUGAGUUUAACAGGACUUAUUUCUGCUGCAAACAACCCUUUUUUCGUAGGAUACAACACCGUCGAAACUAAUGCAGGAACCAUCAAGGGCUCCAGGGAGAACAUCUCAUCAUUCGGGAAAACCUACGAGUAUUUCGUGUACCGCGGGAUUCGCUAUGCGAAGAAUCCGACAGGGGAUCUCCGAUUUGCGAGGCCCGUCCCAGUGGAUAAGUUUCAGGGGGUCUUUGAUGCAACGGAGUAUACUGUCUCCUGUCCCCAGUCGAAGUUUGGAUUCGCCAUAGAUAGUACAUCGGCCGACCCAAUGUACCAUCAGAGGACGGGAGAGGACUGUUUAUCUUUGAACGUCUUUACACCCUCAGAUGGCGGCAGGGGAAAACCGGUAAUGGUGUAUAUUUACGGCGGUGGCUGGGUCGUUGGCUCUUCUCAAAUCUAUUUUGGCGGACUGUUGGCACCGUUUGGUGAUGUCGUUUACGUCGUCAUGAAUUUUCGAUUAGGCGCUUUUGGAUUUUUGAGCACAGGAGACACAAAUGCACCGGGGAACGCAGCAUAUUUUGACCAGUUAUUGGCAUUAAAGUGGGUCAGGAAUAAUAUUGAAGCUUUCGGUGGUGAUCCGGACCUGGUGACUAUUUUUGGCGAGUCUGCUGGUGGCUAUGAUGUGACCGCACACGCUAUCUCCCCGCUCUCCGGUGGACUUGGUCUGUUCAAGCGGGUGAUAGCGCAGAGCGGAGUUGCCGUGACCCCUAUCACUGCCCCGAUGCAGAUCAACCCACAGGUACCCUUUUUCACCAAAAACCUCGGCUACAAUCUCCAAUGCAACGACUCCAAUAACCCAGCGCUGACGAACUCGAAGUUACUCGUUGAGUGUCUCAGGAAAAAGAGUGUCGAAGACAUCAUAAAAUUCACCGAUGUCGCCGGUCUGCCCGCGGAUGCCAUCAAGAAGGGCCCGGCCCUAUUUGGACCUGUCAUAGACGGAGAUUUCUUCCCUCUGCACCCCGCCGCCCUGCAACAAAACCCCAACCUCACAGUCUACAAAUCGUUCAAGGAUUUCGACCUCUUAGUCUCAGUCAACAGCAAUGAUGGAGAGUCCAUGUUUAAGAGCCUUAUCGCCCAAGGCCGGUUCAAAGCGUGGGGUGUCCCUCCUCCUUUCCUGAUUUCAAAGGACGUGAUGCACGAGCAGGUUCUUCCCUUCGCCUUCCCUCCCCCUAUGUAUCCCAGCGGUGUUGCCAGAGCGGUCGAGCAGGAAUACAUCCUCGAUUCCGACAUCGCAAACUCUUCAGUGCAGCGUCGAGACAACUUCAUUCAGGCCUACACAGAUCACUUCUUCCUCGCCCCCUCCAUAGCUGCAGCCAAUACACACGUACUCAUGCAAUCGCCAGGACCAGACCGCAGAAAGACCUUCUUCUUCCAAUUCGACCACAACUCGCCGGUGUUUCCAAGGAUGUUCGGCCCAGGGAAAGCCACCCAUGGUUCCGAUCUGUUCUACACCUUUGGCUAUGCUGCCAUGAUGGAUAACAUGAACAAGAUGAACGUGACCUUACCACGGAAUGCAGUCUUGACAUCCGUGGAUGUAGAGCUGGCCAAGGCGGCGCUGACCUAUUUCACAAACUUUGCUAAAUUUGGAAACACUAACGGAAAUGGAACCGCCUCUCCUUACCCAAAAUGGCCACCAUACACAUUAGAAGACAAAAACUACAUGAAUUUCGGCUCCAACGCUACUUCCAUCAUCCUAACCGCUUCCAAGGACCUCCGGCCCCGAGCUGCUGCCUUUUGGAUUGACUAUAUCCCGUUCGUGGCGAGGCGGACCUGCCCGAAGCCCCAAUCCUGCGCGACACCAACUUGCCCACCACUGCUGGACCAGUACAUCGGCUACCUGAGGCUGACCGUGGGACAAGCCCAGAUGGUCAUCAUGAUAUUUGCCGUGGCGACGGGAGUUUUUGGAUCAGUCGUUUUAAUACUGCUGACGGCGUACUGUAAGCUGAGACACUCGUUGAAGCAUUCUGAUAAAAUGGUGAUCAUGAAAUGAGUUGAAGGGCACGUGAGCCUGCAUACCGUCGAUUCUCUAAUAGUUAUUGACAGAAUCGUAUGCCCUUUUAUCACCUUGCAACAAUUAACAAUAGGAAGUGACUAUUUGGCAAGCCCGGCUCACCAAACAGCGCCUUUUUUCUGCCCUAGAUGGAGAGCCGAACUCAUGCAUAUUCAACCAUCCAGGAACUCAUUAUCAUUCGUGGCAACACGGUCAGCAACACUGGAGUUACAGUGAAACGUCUUUAGAAAUGCACACUAAUGCAUUUAACAUGCUUAUCAGUUAAAUCACGUUUAUGACUUUUUUUGUAAAUCCAUACAGUCAUGUACAUGUACAUGCUUCUUCAUGGAUUAUCGACCAAAACCCGAGUUUAGUAACAGAAAUUGAAUCGAGAGCGGGAAGUCGGCCAUUGUUAAAUAUGCGCAUAUAAAUUCGAAUAUGACGUCACUGCUCUCUGAUUGGCCAACAUGUUGUAACCUCUCCGGCUCGCCAAAGAGGGUAGUAUUUUUGCCCUGUUUGGCAAGCCCGGCUUGCCGAAUAGGGUGGCUUUUUAGUGCUGUUUGACAAGCGGCUCUCCAA